GGAAUACCAUACAGUGCACUAAUUUUAUGAUCUACGUUACUCGAUUGCAAAAUUCCCUGUAGUGGAGGUGGAAGGUGUAUACAGAAUUAUACGUAUGGCGCGUCAGAGAGACAACGCCAUAGAGGAUGUGCUAUUUAUACUGGUAUGUUACUCGGGGACUGUCACCCAGACACAUACGUUAAUGAAACGUCAUCUGGGCCAAUGGUUCAGUAAUAUUACUAAACUAGGCAAGGGUAGUACUCAGAAUUGAGACCAUUCAAUGCUGUAUAGUGGAUGAUUCGGGCCCGGAUGGUUGGCCCAGAUAAGUUCGAGAUCUGAUUACAGUUUAGGAUAUUUGUUGGGC